AUGAUUAGCUCUCUAACUUUGUCCUUUCUUGCUUUAGCAGGGGCUUCUUACGCAAGAUGGAUUGUUCCCGCUGCUCGUUGGUAUGAUACUGAUGGAAAUAGAUUCAAUGCCCACGCAGGUGGCAUGUGUCUUGAUCAGGAUACAGAAACGUUCUACUGGUUUGGUGAAUACAAGACCUCGGAGCAUCCCGAAGGCGGCGGUAUAUCCGUAUAUAGCUCCAAAGACCUUGCUACUUGGAAGGCUCAUGGACUAGCACUAGCACCGAUAGAAGGCCAUCCUUGGCUUUCACCGACAGAGAACCGAAUUCAAAGGCCUAAGGUGGUGUAUAGCGAGGAGACAGGCAAAUACCACAUGCACUGGCACGCCGACGACAACAAAUACACCAAGCUGCUCCAAGGCUUAGCAACUUCAGAUAAUAUUGCGGGACCCUACGAGUUCCAACACGUAAUUGCCCCCCUCGGAAACUGGUCUCAAGAUUUUGGACUCUUCACCGACUACAAGGAUGGUCACUCGUAUGCGCUCUAUUCCAACGGCGACCGUGUCGAGGGCCGCGAUGUAUACGUCACGCGUUACAACAGCAAUAUCACCUUACCCGAAGAGGUUGUUUACCGCUUCCCCAAAUUCGACCUGGAAGCUCCAACUAUCAUCCAAACAGAGCAUUCUUAUUACGCAAUCAUGAGCCACAAAACUGGAUACAGGCCAAACAACGUCGUCGCCUUUCGGGCUGACUCUCUCGCUGGGCCAUGGUCUAUGCCUUUCCUCGUAGCGCCGCCGUACACACGAACCUUUAGCACGCAGUCGAGCUUCGCAUUACGUAUGAAUGGAACGAAGAAGACUUCUUAUCUUUACAUGGGAGACACCUGGGACUCACUAGAACACUCAGAGAGCCGAAACACAUGGUUGCCUAUGGAAAUCGACGAUCGAAAGGGCACUUUGAGCAUUGUAUGGCAUGAUGUCUUCGAUCUAAACAUCAAAACGGGUGAAUGGAAGCCCGUAGAAGGCAGGUCAUAUUGGGCCAAGCAGGCCCGGACGACUGGUAACGCGUAUCUCCAGGAAGCCAAUUUCGCCGGAAGUGGCGUGAUGGCAACCGGAAUAUUCGGCAAUACCAGCAAGGUCGUCUUUGAAGUUGAUGGAGCAGGCAAGGAUCAGUGGGUCUCCUUCUACCACCAGAAUACCGAUGACAUGGGUUUCGGCGAUCAACCUUAUGGAAGUCCCGACCGCAUUAACGGCACUUGGGCGCUUCGGCGCAUCAGCAGCGUUAUUGUCAACGAUGAUGAGUCUACCGUCCACACUCUAUACCAGAAAGAUACACAUAAGAGCAUCAUUCUGUCCUCGCCCUUACUACUGCCUUUGAAGAAAGGCAAGAAUAAAAUCACCAUCGGCGGUCUGUUGAACGGAAAGGAUUAUAAGGGUGCUGAUAUCGAGAAACUAGUUGUUUAUCCGCCGGAAAAUGCUUAA